AUGGGCAUGACGAAGCAAAUGUCCGGCGUUGGCCACUAUACACACGGGUCGUCCGGCGAACCCACCGAAAUGAACACGUUGGCCACUGGCAGUGGAAAUGCGGAUAAGCAGCAUCAGUCAUCGUCUAAUUCCACGCAGCACCAGCAGCAGCAAAACCGCUUUGUUCAAGGUAACGCAGACGGCAAAGGUCAGCGGUCACAGCAUCUUCACCGGUACCGGAGUGUGGGACAGAGAGUUGUUGGUAAGGACAAACACACCGUGCACUGGUUCCGCAAGGGUCUCCGCCUGCACGACAACCCUGCAUUGCGUGAAGGGGUCCGCGAUGCCAGCAGCUUCCGGUGCGUCUUCGUCAUUGAUCCCUGGUUUGCCGGAAGCUCAAACGUGGGCAUCAACAAGUGGAGGUUCUUGCUGCAGUGUUUGGACGAUUUGGAUCGCAACCUUCGCAAGCUCAAUUCGCGCCUCUUCGUCAUACGUGGCCAGCCGGCGGACGCACUGCCGAAGCUGUUCAAGGAAUGGGGCACAACGUGCUUGACGUUCGAGGAGGACCCCGAACCGUUUGGUCGGGUCCGCGAUCACAAUAUAUCCGCGAUGUGCAAGGAGCUCGGAAUCGAGGUGAUCUCGGCUGCAUCACACACACUGUACAAUCUGGAAAGAAUCAUCGAAAAGAAUGGUGGUAAAGCGCCACUCACGUACCAUCAGUUUCAGGCCAUUAUCGCGUCGAUGGACGCACCGCCACAACCGGAAACGAUGAUCACACUGGACGCCAUCGGUUCGGCCGGUACGCCCCUGUACGAUGACCAUGACGACAAGUACGGGGUGCCGACGCUCGAGGAGCUUGGCUUCGAAACGGAGGCGCUACGGCCACCGGUGUGGAUCGGCGGCGAAACGGAAGCCCUGGCACGGCUCGAACGCCACCUCGAGCGGAAAGCGUGGGUCGCCUCGUUUGGGCGGCCAAAGAUGACACCCCAAUCGCUGCUGGCUAGCCAAACGGGCCUGUCACCGUACCUGCGCUUCGGGUGUCUCAGCACCCGGCUGUUCUACUAUCAGCUGACCGAUCUGUACAAGAAGAUCAAGAAAGCUUGCCCGCCGCUCUCGCUGCACGGUCAGCUGCUGUGGCGCGAGUUUUUCUAUUGCGCUGCCACCAAGAACCCCACCUUCGACAAAAUGGCCGGAAAUCCGAUCUGCGUGCAGAUACCGUGGGAUCGUAACUCGGAAGCGCUGGCCAAGUGGGCCAGCGGGCAGACAGGGUUCCCGUGGAUCGAUGCGAUCAUGACGCAGCUACGCGAGGAAGGCUGGAUCCACCACCUGGCGCGCCAUGCCGUCGCCUGUUUCUUGACGCGGGGCGACCUGUGGAUCUCGUGGGAGGAGGGAAUGAAGGUGUUUGAGGAGCUGCUGCUCGAUGCCGACUGGUCCGUCAAUGCCGGGAUGUGGAUGUGGCUGUCGUGUUCGUCCUUUUUCCAGCAGUUCUUCCACUGCUACUGUCCGGUGAAGUUUGGGCGGAAGGCGGACCCAAAUGGAGACUACAUUCGUCGGUAUCUUCCGGUGCUCAAGAACUUCCCUACUCGCUUCAUCCACGAACCGUGGAACGCACCGGAGAAUGUGCAGCGGGCGGCCAAGUGUCUCAUCGGCAAGGACUACCCGCUGCCAAUGGUGAACCACGCGAUCGCCAGUCGGGCCAACAUGGAGCGCAUUAAGCAGGUUUAUCAACACCUGGCCAAGUACCGUAGCCCCGGUGCGUGUUACGAGGGCGAGGGCGUAGACAAGGGUGGCUCGGCGAUUGCCGGCGUGAUGACUGCGGCCAAGAUGCAGCACAUGAAUGCGAGCAGCAUGAACGAUAGUCCCAGUCCGACCACCAUACUGACGAGUGUCAACAGCUCGGGAAACUACAUGUGCCGCAGCAAUCCGUCCGCACAAAGUGACCCCCAUGCGAGGGUGCUGAACUAUCAUCCGUCGGCAAUCGGCGGCGGUCGCCUGCGAACGGAUGGUCGCACGUGUUCUGCAGGAGGGGCUAGGGGUGGGUCUGGCCGAGAAGAUGUAACGGACACCGGUGAAGCCGAUGGCAUAGAAAGCAAGGGUCGUUCACUGACGAUACAAGAAUCCGGCACACAACAUCAACAUCAGCAGCAGCAACAGCAGCAACAACAAGCGCCGCGUCAGUCACUACACGAUGCCAGAUCCGCGGAUCCGGACCAGGAAUCGUACGCUAAUCUUGCCGAGUCCAAUUACGCCGUGCUCAAAUCAGACGCGCUCGGUACGAUGAUCAGAGAGGCCAACCUGGGUGGUGGUCGCUUCUCUAACCUGCAAGACCAGCUGAGUAAUAGCCUAAUGUCGCUCGAGUGUGACGUUAUGGCCACGAAGCUCGAGCCGAACAAUUACGAGUACGAGCGCAAUCAGAACAUGUACAACAGCCAGUUCAAGGUGGAGUACAGUGACAACUUCAACUCCGGGUACGGCCUGCGUAAUGCCGUGUUUUACGGCCGCAAGCGAGAGGACGAACAGGAAAACGAGGCUCACGACGAUGAAGGUACCGGCGGUCAUGACGAGAACGACGAGGAUCGGCCGUCGACGAUUGCUCUGUCUGAACCACAGACCUCCGUACGCUCCCAAGCCCAGUUUGGGUCCGAAGAAUCCAAAGUCAAGCAAGAAACUUCCUUACAGUCGGCGCUGUUUCGCGAACCAAAGCAUCUUAAGGAGGCGCAGCGUCGGCGGGCAGAGCAGCAGAAACAGCCACAGGAACGUAAAACACACCAAGUGUCAGAGUGUACCGAGAAGGGACCAUGUCCUGUAAAGCCUUCGCCACAUUCCAUGCACACCGAUUCUAAUUACGACACAGACAGCCAUCCAAUGAUGACCGAGUUCCCGCAACAGCAUCAGCAAAGAACGUCACUGCUCCAGAACGACCAGCCAAUGCAGCAAUCGCCAGGUGUGCAGGAUAAGGACGAGAAGUUGUACUGUGCCGACUAGAGAUGUUCCAGAGGCUAUUCCGGAGUGAAGUUCACGCCGGUGUAUUUAUGGCGAAUGAAGAUGUCGCACCGAGUGUAGUUGAAGCGGUAAAACUUUCAGAGUUUUUAAAUGAAUUUCACAUAAAAUGUAUUCUUGUUGUAAAACAAUUCACCAAAUAAAUUUCAGUAGUAUUCAUUAGUCAGAGCUCGGGGGGUUAUGGUUUGAUUUAUGAUGAUGAUAUCAAUUAUGGCAGAUCGAGAGAUGAGUCGGAGACAAUCAAACUUCGGUACGACUAGGCUAGAUUUAAGACGACAACGAAGCCUUUGGAUGGACACACAAUUCUUGAUAGGUGAAGGCAGUUCCUUCUACUGCUCGAGUAUCAGCAUCCAUCAAAAUGCUUAUUCUGUAUGUAAACGGUGUAAAUAAUGUACGAUCAGUUCUUCGUCCUGGAAGAGUGAUGAAAGCAGGGUUCUGAAUUACAC